AUGUACCCAGCCCAGGCUCCUGGUGACAAUGUAUCAGUGAGAGUCUAUCCAGCCCAGGCUCCUGGUGACAAUGUAUCAGUAAGAGUGUAUCCAGCCCAGGCUCCUGGUGACAAUGUAUCAGUGAGAGUGUAUCCAGCCCAGGCUCCUGGUGACAAUGUAUCAGUGAGAGUGUACCCAGCGCAGGCUCCUGGUGACAAUGUAUCAGUGAGAGUGUACCCAGCCCAGGCUCCUGGUGACAAUGUAUCAGUGAGAGUGUACCCAGCCCAGGCUCCUGGUGACAAUGUAUCAGUGACAAUGUACUCAGCCCCGGCUCCUGGUGACAAUGUAUCAGUGAGAGUGUACCCAGCCCAGGCUCCUGGUGACAAUGUAUCAGUGACAAUGUACCCAGCCCAGGCUCCUGGUGACAAUGUAUCAGUGAGAGUCUAUCCAGCCCAGGCUCCUGGUGACAAUGUAUCAGUAAGAGUGUAUCCAGCCCAGGCUCCUGGUGACAAUGUAUCAGUGAGAGUGUAUCCAGCCCAGGCUCCUGGUGACAAUGUAUCAGUGAGAGUGUACCCAGCCCAGGCUCCUGGUGACAAUGUAUCAGUGACAGUGUACCCAGCCCAGGCUCCUGGUGACAAUGUAUCAGUGACAAUGUACCCAGCCCAGGCUCCUGGUGACAAUGUAUCCAGCCCAGAGUGUGACUAUCCAGCCCAGGCUCCUGGUGACAAUGUAUCAGUGACAAUGUACCCAGCCCAGGCUCCUGGUGACAAUGUAUCAGUGACAAUGUAUCCAGCCCAGGCUCCUGGUGACAAUGUAUCAGUGAGAGUGUACCCAGCCCAGGCUCCUGGUGACAAUGUAUCAGUGAGAGUGUAUCCAGCCCAGGCUCCUGGUGACAAUUUAUCAGUGAGAGUGUACCCAGCCCAGGCUCCUGGUGACAAUGUAUCAGUGACAAUGUACCCAGCCCAGGCUCCUGGUGACAAUGUAUCAGUGACAAUGUACCCAGCCCAGGCUCCUGGUGACAAUGUAUCAGUGACAAUGUACCCAGCCCAGGCUCCUGGUGACAAUGUAUCCAGCCCAGGCUCCUGGUGA